AUGAGCCAAAUUACUCGCGACGAAAUCGUCGCCGGCCAUGACGCGAGUCUCCAAACAGAGGUGUCUACUCCGAAAGUCGCCAGAGAACGUCUCUGGACAAACAGGAAAACUGAUUUUCUGGCGGAAAAAGGCUGAAGGGCCGUCGAGUCAAAACACUCAAAAGCCCCCAAAAUGUUCAACUCUCGAGGAAACUACCGUAGUUGAAUUUUUGAUCUGUUCUUGGAUUUCUGUUCUGAAAAACUAAGAUGCGUUUUACAGAGAAAAAAAUAACUUUUAUCAUUCAUCACUAGUCUGAAUUGAAACUGCAAGAAAAUUGAAAUAAAAAAAACAGAAUAUUAACUCGAUCUCAGGUUUUAGAGUUUUUCUCAGUAAUAUUGACAUUAAUUACAUGAAACAAGCUUUUUACCGUCGUCAAAGAUGAAUUUACGAAAAAAGUCUUCAGAAGUUAUUAAUGAAAGAAAAAUCGAACUGAAGACUUGGGCUGUUUGUGGAUGGCCUCUGUGGUAAGGGAACUGAGUUAAUUGAAAGAAAGCAUAGUACGAGAAAUUCAGCCCAAGAGCGACGUCUGGAUUUGGCCUCCGGCGUUUUCAUGCGACUUGCGGCCGGCUUCCGCCUGAUCUCCGCGUCGUUUUCUACUCUUCUUUGGGUUUCUCCGCAUCCCAGCAGUAGAAUUUCCUUUCUUCUUUUGACUUAUUCAAAAUCUUCUUUGUGUGAAAAAGGCAUCAUACGUUUUUCCUAAUUUUUAAAAGAAAAUAUUGAGAAAGACAGAUUCUUAAGUUAUUUUAAAAUGGAAAAUUUAAACAAUAUCAUAGACGAGGAACACAGGUAGACAAAUUUUGAAAAAAUACACUUUGAAAAGAAAAAGAGACUGGAUGAAGUCGGAAAUUCGCGUCUGGAAGCGUCAACAGAUAAUACAGUUCGAAAUUAUCAAACUUUUUUCACAUCACCAGUUUUUUUAGAACUCGAAAACGAGAAAUUGCAUUUCAAAAGAACAAUUAAAAAAAUUUCUUUUUAUUGUUAUAUGUUUCAGAAGCUCCAGUUCUGAUUGGAAAAAGCCUUUUUGAACGUAUCAAAAAAGACAGAAGCUCCUUGACAGCCUUGUGAACUGUAGUGAACGAGAAGAAAGGAAGAUGGUGGUCGAAAAGAUGAGAAUCAGGUUGUUUUUAGGAGACUUGCGCUCGCUCAACACGAUACUCGGAGCAACUCGAGACAUCUAUCGCUCAACUUCACUCAAAAAACGCCCGCCUUGA